UAGUUUAUUAUUUUGUCUAUACUCAUUAGCACCGUUCCCAACAAAAAAGCAAUGAGAUGAAGCAAAGUAAAAUGAGACAAAAAUGAAAUUUUGCUUGAUAAUAACGUUCCGUUUUUUUUGUGAAAGAGUCUGAUAGUUUUGUAUAAAUUAUAAUAUUUGAAUAAAUGCACCAGAUACUAUUAGUCAUAAAGUGAUGGUUGUAUGUUGCUGCACUAAAAUAGUACAAUGGCGAAAAGAAAGAAGGCAGCAGCGAAAACUCCGGCAACGAGACGCACUACUCGUCGCGCCAAGCAGGAAGCCGAAGCUGCAGCGUCCGCCGAGGGCGAGACCUCUACACCUACCGAGCCGAGCGUCGCCGACAGCAACGAGAAGGGACCAGAGAACGCGCCAACUGAUGCACCUUCUGUAUCUGACACACAGGCAUCAGAAUCAUCAGAGCUUGCUCUUACCAAACCUUGUCAAGUACCAAUCGUAGCAUUGCAUAAGAAAUUCGGUAAAUACCGCUGUUUGUUUAACAGUGAUGAGACUUUCACUAGGAAAUAUGACAUUGGCAGUGAUAGUGAAACAAAUAGUAGUGUAGAAAUAAGAGUUGUGGACCCAUGUGCAAGUUCUGAAUCUGAUUCGAAUGCUGCAUUAGAUGCACAGUCAGACACCAACAGUGGAGCUAAUUUCAGUCCAAUGGAUAGUACAAUAAAUACGCAGAGCAAUUCUAGAGACAUAUCACCCAUACCCAUGAUGAGUGUACAAACACAUAGUAGUGAAAUUCCAUUAUUAAGUCAAGAAGAACCAGAGGAAAAGAAAUUGAAUCUAGAGCUUGAGUCAAAUGCAAUAGAUUUAACAGAAAGUGAUUCUAAACUUAGUACUAUUACAGAACAAGCACCUGAACCACAAGAUGAGUGUGUCGUUAUUAAAGACACAUUACAAGAGUCAAAGCCGGAAGAAGUGGUUCAGGAAGACAUUCCAGUGGAGGAAGAACAAAUAGAGUUUACAGGUGAAUAUGAUGAGGAAAUAAUCACUAUUGUACAGAUAGUAGAGGAUGACAACCAAGAAAUGAUGUAUUACAACAUCAAAAUAGAUAGCCCUCAAGAUGAAACCGUUGAGGUAAACGAUAAUGAGGAAAACAAAGACAACUCUCAAACUGCAGAUUUCCAGAAACACUUUGAGAACCUUAAUCUAGCUUCAACAGUAGAAAUUGAAACUCCAAUGGAAUGUUCAGACAUUAAUGACAUCAGGACACCACCCUGCAACACUCCUGAUCUUCCAUUUCCUAAAGAAAACCUUAAUGAGGUUCUAAUGAGACCAGAUCCAAGUCUAACACCAAGUUCUACACUCUCCGAUGAUAGCAACUCAUCAAGAAUAACUGAACAAAACCCAAACAAUUCAAAUGAUUCUGCUGAGUCAUCACCCACUGGUGUCAGAAGAUCAAGUAGGAUCAAGACAAUUAGUAAUAUGAAACAGAAAACAAAAGGUUAUGGAUUGGUAAAGACUCCUCUGAAAAAGGCUUUAAUUACCCAAACAAAGUUAAAACUCGAGGAAAUUGGGUCUGACAGCCAGGAGAAAACAAGUGAAUCUCUUCCUAGUACUACACCAAAUUCUCCAUCCUUUCCUGUGCCUUCAGAGAUGCCAGUGAAAGUGAAAUCUCGUUGGAGGAGGUCCAGUGAGCUGGAAAUGGGUGCCAGUUCCCCUGCUAACUCACCACUGGCUAGCCCUAGUCUACCACAACAGCGGCUGCCCUUGGUAGCUGAAAGUCCUUGCCCACCUGAAGAAGAACAAGAAUCUAUACCUCUUACGAAGGAAGCUUAUGACAAAAUAAUAGAAGAGAGAAUGAACCAGUAUGAACAUUUAGAAGAAAAUGAGUAUUUAUGUGAGAGAAUGAUUAGUAAGGAGACUAAGAAGAUGACUUGUGACUGUUUUAUGACCAAAGAGGAAUUGGAGAGAGGGGAACUGGCUUGUGGAGAGGACUGUCUCAAUAGACUGCUUAUGAUAGAAUGUAACUCUCGGUGUCCAGUUGGCGACAGAUGUACAAAUAGAAGGUUCCAGAAGAGAGAGAAUGCAGCUCUGAAAGUAUUCUAUGCUGACAAGAAGGGGUGUGGAGUGGAAGCCAAUAGUGAUAUACCAGCAGGCGAGUUCCUUCUCGAAUACGUCGGCGAAGUGCUGGACUACGAGCAAUUCUACAAGCGGGCACAAGCUUACUCCGACGACAACAACCUACAUCACUACUUCAUGUCGUUAAAGGGCGAUACAGUCAUCGACGCGACCCUCAAAGGCAAUAUAUCCCGGUUCAUAAACCACUCGUGUGAUCCAAACGCUGAAACACAGAAGUGGACGGUGAAUGGAGAGCUAAGAAUAGGAUUCUUCAGUAAACGGGAUAUUGCGGUAGGCGAAGAGUUGACGUUCGAUUACCAGUUCCAGAGGUUUGGAAAGGUGGCCCAGCGUUGCUACUGCGGCACCGACAACUGUCGUGGUUGGAUCGGUGGCGAGCCCGACUCCGAGGACGAAGACGACGAGGUACGACUGUGGGACCAUAGGGAGGAAGAGGAUGUGAGUACAUCUAAGUCUGGAGCGACCGAGUCAUCUGAGGAGGCGCGCGCUACUCCCACUGAACACCCGACGCCGCGACCGCGAAGACCCAAGAAGGAACGGCCUUACAAACCCAAGGCUCCCGACCUAGUGCAGGACGCUGAUAUCGAGGAGGACUUGGACGCGCUGAGCCGCACGGGCGUGAAGAACCAGAGCCACACGCUGCGGCUGUCGCGCACGGUGGUCCGCGCCAAGUCGCGGCGCGCGCAGGUGUCGCUGCUGCGCCUGCUGCGCGACGCCGACCUGCCGUGCCGCCGCCUGUUCCUGGACUACCGCGGCCUGCGCCUGCUGGCGCCCUGGUGCCAGGACGCGCCGCAACACUUCAAGUUAGAAAUGCUACAGACAGUAGACCGCUUACCCAUCCCGAACAAGACGAUGGUCCAAGAGAGCAGGUUCUUCACCAUCGUGGAGCGUUGGCUAAGCGCGGCUGACGCGCCGCCGCCUGCCGACAACGUGUUCAUCGAUGAGGCUACUGGUUUGCCUAUAGAAAUACCUAACAGAGGCAAUCAAGAAAAUGUUCCUAGUCCGGAAAAGGCUAAAGAAACUGCUAACAUAAUUGAGAAGAUAAAGGAUCUCUCUAACCAACUGCUAGAGAGGUGGUCUAGUUUAAAGGAGGUAUUUAAAAUCCCCAAGAAGGAACGGAUACAACAGAUGAAAGAGCACGAAAGACAAGCCAACGUUGAAAGGCGAGCGGCCGACUCCAGUGGGUCACGUGACCGCGAGCGCGAACGACGGGAAGAGCGCGAGCGGCGCGACGAACGAGAACGAGACCGCGACCGAGACCGAGAGAAGGAAAGGGAGAGGGAGAGAGAAAGGGAAAGAGAUCGAGGAGACCGCGAGCGGGAGAGAGAGCGCUCGGAUCGGGACAGAGAUAGGUACAGGGACCGGGAUCGAGACCGCGAUAGAGAUCGAGAUAGAGAUGACAGGGAUCGCAGGAAACGGAGGAGCAGCCCCGAGGGCAGGAGGAGCAUAAGACUGAGCGAGCGCGUCCUGGCGGCGGUCCCGCCCAUGAGUAAGGAGGAGCGGCGGCGCGCCUUCGCGGAGGCGGCGGCGGCCGCGGACGAGUCCCGGCGCCAGCGCGAGCGGCUGCAACACUGGCCCUCCUACUGGCCGCAGCCUGACGCCUUCCCGCAGCAAAUGUUCGCCGGCGGCAUGGUACCUGGCGCUCCCAACAUGCUGGGCAACAUGCCCAACAUGAACAACAUGGGUGGCAUGGUGGGCAUGGUGCCGGGUAUGGACGUGGCCCCGGACUGGAUGCCGCACGACUAUCAGGCACAAUUCUGCCCGCCCUUCGCUUUCCCACAGCCUAAUUUGAUGGGCAUGGCAGGUUUCGGCAUGGGCGGCUUCAUGUUCGGGCAGCAGGUGGGCGCCUCGCAGCCCGCCUUCCCACAUGCGCAGUCACAGACUGAGCAGUCACAAACGGGGCCUGCAACGGCGGCCGGCGCGCCCAAAGAGGUGGUGUUGCCGUCGCUGUGGCGCAGCGCCACGGACCCGCGCGGCCGCAGCUACUACUACCACGUCAAGCUGCGCCAGCCGCAGUGGCUGCCGCCGCCGCCGCCCGCCGACGCCGAAGAAAGUUCAUCAGAGGAGGAAGAAGAGCCAGUGUCGACAGGUUUGGACAGCCCGCUGGUGCGGCGCCAAACCAAGGGCAAGCUGGUGGAGGGCGUCAACGGCAUUUACGAAGGUGGGCUGCCUGACUAUAUGACUUGUAUGGUUCCAGUUAUCAAGGAAGACAGUCACAACGGGCUGAUACCGGAUCACGCGCUCGUCAGUAUAAAGCCUCGGAAACGAAGGCCGGGACUUGUUUCUGAGAGGCCUAUUAGUCCUCGAACUGAAGAAGACAAGUUAGCCGGUAGGUUAGAGGUGAAGAGGUACAAACAAACGAAAGAGAAGUUACGUCGGCGGCGCGAGAAGUUGCUUCAGAAAGUGCGAUUACUGGCUGCUAACAAGUCUAAUAGGCGUAUCAAAGGCAGCAUGCUCGAUUUGAAGCAAAUGGUGGAACUAGUCGACUCGGAAACGGAUUCCGAAGACGAAUCAGUCGAAGAAAUACCAGUCGAGAAGCCAGUGGAAGCUGUAGAGUCUCCUGUGGUAGCUCCUCCAUCCCCACCGCCAGUGGAGGAGGAGGUGCUGGAGUCCGCGCCCGUGAGCACGGAGGAGACGGCGCGCAAGAUCAAGGAGCAGUUCCGCUGCAGCAUGGCGCGCGUCAUGGUGCAGCAUCUCAACCCCUACCGCCAUCCGGACGCGCCCGCCGCCAGGAUCACCUGCACGGCAGACUUCAAGCAUCUCGCUAGAAAGCUAACUCACUUCGUGAUGCUGAAAGAGCUGAAACAUUGUCGGUCAGUUGAAGAGCUUGUAGUAACAGAUUCCGUGCGAUCAAAAGCUAAAAUGUUCGUCAAGAAAUACAUGGCUAAGUUCGGGCCUGUAUACAAUAGGCCCCCAGAGGAAGUGGACUAGCAAAAGCAGGCCGCCAAGCGGCCGCAGACCUAGCGUAAAAGAACAGCGUACAACGUACGUCGAACUUUCUUCAAAACUCUUAACCAGAAACUGAAAAACAGUGAAUCAAGUGAAGUGAAACUCCUUUGACAAUUAAAAAUUAUUUAUUACACCCAUGUGGUUUAACUCCAUACUCCAUUUGUUCAGGUAUUAAAAAAAAGUUGAACAAUCUUGAUGAAAAACUCAGUUUGAAAAUAAAACGCACCUAAAAACAAAUGUAACACAUCAAUAUUGAUAACAAAAUUACUUAAACCACCGAUAUAAACCAGUUGUUCAUUGAUUUAAUAUUUAUUUGUAUAAAAACUCGCCAAUAUUUAAGUUCUCUAUCAUAAGAUUGUUAAUCUUUUCUAGAUACCAACACAAAUGCAGUAUAUUUUAUACAUACAAGUAUUGAAGUGACAGUGAAUGUAGUUAUAAACUCAACUCUCUAUUGGUCUAGUGAUGGUACAGAUAAGCAAGAAGUAUUUUAUAUCAAAUGAAGAAGGUUUCGACAUGAUUGUAUUGUAGGCACUUUUUAUGACAAUAUCAGUUUUCUGAUAAGAAAUGCUGGCAAAAAAGGCAUUGAAAUUUGCAGGACAAAGAAUAGUACUUGUUGGUUCGCUAGAAACGUCUGAUCGCAAGAAUGUAUGUCAUAGAUAAAUUGAUAACUGAAGAAAAUUGUAUAUAUAGAUAAGUUUAUAGCUCUAUUGAUGAUUUAAGAACCUCUUUAGUGAUAUAAUGUAAUAUAAUAGACGACUCUAUGUUCUUAGACAUGAUUUAUAAUGUAACUAUGUUCACGGGAUUAAUGCAAGAGUAUGUAAUGUAUUUAUUAUUAUACUAUGAUCUCUAGACAUGAGUUUUGCUGAAUAACAACGCGAUAGCAACUCGAAUAUGAACUGCAACGGUUUAAGUACACAGUAUUAUAAAUAGAUUUUAUUAAAGAUUAUGAACAGUUUUAUGCCACUGUGUUUAAAUGUCUGAAUGUUGAGACUACGUAAUAUUAAGAUGUGAUCGAAGUUUACUCGAUUUAUUAAAUCGUUCCUAUCAUGGUCAAUAAAACAAUUGUCUGGCGUGAUCUUUAGCUAUAGCAAAUGUUUGUUUGCCGCGUAAAUGAACAUGAAGCUAGGUUUAUGCGACUUGAAGGCAAAGCAGAUAACAAACUAUGUGGCUCAACUGAAGUAGCAGAUUUAUUCUUUAUACCUCGUUUUAUAUAAGAGGAUAGUUUUUCAUUCAGCUAAAUAUAAUACACUACCUACUAACUCCUCUGUAUAUGAGCAGCAUGUACAAUUAUAAUGAAACAUUAUAUAUCACACAAAUUGGCAAUAAAUACGAUUUAAUGCCAAUUUUGACGUAUGUAAGACAUUUUCCACGAUAAUAAGCUAAUUAUUUAAUUUACUCUCGAAAAUUUUGUCCUUUUAUAACAGAGCAUAUAUUUCUUUAGCUUGACCUGCUUUCGCUUGCUGUAUGAAUGCAUUCGCAAUGCUAAAAUGGUUUUUUUUAAGAGUAACGACUAUUAGAUUAUGUAUGUGUUUAGAAUAUAGUAAUAAAUGCAGGCGCGGCUUGCGAAACCAAACCAAACCAGUUUGUCGAUUUAAAUAGUAAGCUGAUAUGAAAUUAUGUUACAUUCAAUUGUAUAAGUCUCCGAUUUUGAGAUAGUUUUUAUGUGAUUCACUAUGUUGUGUGUAAAUAAUUGUAAAUAUGAGUGGAACACUGCGGUCUCCGAGUAUAGAGUGAACGAUUUUAUUUUUAUGUGGUAGAUGUGUGGACGCGCCGUUGUCGCGCAUCGUGGCGACGUGUGGUUUCAUACCUUAGUUUGGCGAUCAGAUUGAAGCCGUCAGAACAAAUAAAAUGUUAUUUCUUUUAA